AAAAAAAAAAGCAACAAGUCGCUGUUUGACUUCAUAGAAGCAUCUUUUGUGAGCUCUCCGUGGCGUGUUGAGGGGUUUGGCACACUGGUAUGGCGCGAUUUCUGUAGGUUAGGACUGUUGCAUGAUUUAUUUUCGAAUCUCGGUUUUGUAAAACGCCGCUGGCAACUGUUUAUAUUGUGUUUUUGUCCGGAUUUCAACAGCUCACUUCUUCCAGUUUCCCUGGGCGACUUGAGGUGAUCUGCUGCUGGAAGGAUGUCAUCUGUCGGUCAAACACAAGGAAGCGCGGUUCAGGAUUCGGGAGCAGAUGUUCACAAUCAAGAAAACAUGCUUUCACGACUACGCGGCGCAGCCAAGAACAGAAUUGAAAAUCGGGAAAAUGUCAACCCUAAACCAGGCAGCAGGACUGUUCUGGGCGCCCUGGAGAACAAUCAGCGACGACAGCCCGUUCUGCGCGGCGCUAAACAGGUUAGAGCACGCAUGGCACAUGACCAUGAAAUGCGCUUCUAUUCUCCUAUGGAUAUGUCCGUAAUUGAUGGUGAGGAAAGGCCCACAAAUGUCAAUGAAGUCUCGGAUUACGCAACAGAAAUACACGCACACUUGCGGGAAAUGGAGGUUAAGUCAAAACCAAAAGCAGGUUACAUGAAGAAACAGCCUGACAUCACAAACAGCAUGCGUGCCAUUCUGGUGGACUGGUUAGUGGAGGUGGGAGAGGAGUACAAGCUCCAGAAUGAGACCCUCUACCUGGCCGUGAACUACAUCGAUCGCUUUUUGUCUUCCAUGUCUGUCCUGAGAGGAAAACUACAGCUAGUUGGCACAGCUGCUAUGCUUUUGUCUUCGUAA